GUCCCCAUUGGUGUGAGCGCGGAGUCUCCUGCGGGCUCUGCUGGUCACUAAAAUGUGUCUGACGGUGAGAACAUUGAGCAGCAGAAUCAGGAGAAAUGGGACCCCCGGGGUUAGAAUGUGGUGGAGGAACUCGAUUGUGACCCAGACACUGGAGAAUAGAACAGCGUCUGUUACAUCACAAAACCAGGGGGCGUUCCCCAGCCAAUACCGAGCCCUUCUGGCAACAAAUGGCCACAAACCGAUCAAAGGUGAAAGUGACGGUGAACCAGACAGAGCAGUCAGUGGCUGCAUAAAGCAGGACGGCGUGGAUAUUACACACGGGGACGGAGUCCCUCAGGAAAUAAAACUGUUCCCGAUAAACAAUGGGAAUGUGUCUCAGGAUCAGGUCGAGGAUAAUGACCAGGAGAUCCGCCGCUGCCAUGGCCCCCAGGUAUCUGUGUUACCUGUUUGGAUACAGGAUUGGCUGGCCAGCAGAAGACAGCAAGUGGUAGCGGAAGGAAAAUAUUCUGCCUGGAAGUCUGUGAAUCCCAGCAGUGUGGAAACAAGCCCUUCGGCCCAACAAGUACAUACCAACUUUCCAAAGAGUAACCUUCCCAUGCCCUUACAGUUACCACUGACUAGUGCACCUAAAGUAGAAAUCGCGGAACACGAUGGACUAUUUGACCAAUCCACUUGAAUUAUACAGCUUUGGGCUGUGGCAGGAAACGGGAGCACCCAUCAGAAGCUCACGCAGACAAGGGGAGAAGAUCCAAACUCCACGCAGAUAGUCACCCGAGGCUGGAAUUGAACUCAUGUCCCUGAUGCUGUGAUGGAACAGUGCGAACUACUGAGCCACUGUGCUAACCUGGAACCUCCUGCCAGCCUAAUGCAAAGGGAAUUCAGCCAAAUCCAACUCUCCCAGGAUAAAAUCCCAUUGCUAGCAGCUGUGUGAGUAGAAUACCUUCAGAAGCAGAAUCACAUUUUGGACAAUCUCUCAAUUUUUCCUUUUGUCAUGAGUUACACUAAUAUUUGGAUAAGGUUCUUUCAACGUGAAAUUGCACAGAUUUGUGUGUGUGUGUGUGUGUGUGUGUGUGUUUGUGUGUGUGUGUCAGUGUUUUUAGAAUGGGAAAUAUCGAGUCUUUAUUUGCAAUACGCAAACAGUUUGCCAUCCAUCUUUCCAUCAUAGUUGGAGUAACAUUGCUCUGGAUCGUAAACGUGUUGUUUUAGCAGAUUACAGAAACUAGCCUGACUUGUUCCUAAAACUGACCCUGACCCAGUCUGAGACCGAUAUCAUCGGCCAUAUCACCGACCUGGUUACAUUUAACAUUUGUUGUGAGCAGUGGGGGAGUGGGACUAGAAAAGGAAACAGUGACCCAAAAAGCCGGGGAACUAUAGACCGGUGAGCCUGAUGUCAGUGGUGGGUGAGUUGUUCGAAGGGAUUCUGUGGGAUAGCAUUUACAUACGUUUGGGAAGGCAAGGACUGAUCUCAUUAAUGUGUCAUUAAUUUGAUUGAGUUUUAUGAAGAGGUGACAAAGAAGAUUGAUGAAGGCAGUUUGGUAGAUAUUGUCUAUAUGGACCUCAGCAAGGUGUUCAUAACAUUCCGAUUGGUAGGCAGAUUAGUAAGGUUCGGUCACAUGGGAUACAGAAGAAGCUCAUCACAAUUGGCUUGAAGGAAGAGGGAUAUUUUUCAGACUGGAGGCUUCUGAGCAGAAAUUAUACACUUAAUGGUAAGGGCCUGGGGAGUGUUGUGAAACAAAUGGACAUAAGGCUGCAGGUACAUUGUUCCUUGAAAGUGAAGUUGAAUGCAGACAGUGCGGUACAGAACACAUUUAACACAUUUGCCUUAAUCAGUCAGAGCAUUGAGUAUAGGAGUUGUGGUGGAGGGAAAUGGGGUUAGCGUGGAUGGACAUUUACAAGGUGGAGUCGAACCCUUCUGUUAAUUAAAACCAAACACCCAGAAAAGCUCGCCUCACCUCGUAAUCUGUUAAAAUAUGAGCGACACAAUUCUCCUACAUUCCACUAUUUAAACAAAGAUUAACAAGUUUAUUUCUUAACUUUAUUAGUGAACACUAAACAACAGCUAUUCACAAAUACAAGCCCCUCUUUUCUUAGCUACUUACUAUCUGACUCGAACUCUGUAAAAAGUAUGUUGUUCCAACAACCCACAUAUUAAACAUUACAAUCUCAAGACCAUACAGUCUCUAUCUUCCCCGCUGUAUUCACUCUUUCAGCUGCUGAUCUCCUUGGUUCAUUUUUUUUAUUGCAAAGAGGUUUGCAUGAACAUGUGUCUUUGAUAGAGUGUGUUUGAGAUGGUCAGUUAGCACUCCUGCUCUACAGCAGUUGCUCUACUGUUGGAUGGCAGUAGCUCUCUCUAGUGUUCAAAAUGCUGGGUUUAUAUACUCCCCAUGAUAUAAUAAUUCUCAUAAUUUGAUUGCUUUCCAGGCGUCCAAACAAUAAUAUUCAAAUUCUGUUGGCUUCUGGUAUCCUGAGUGUUAUUUAAACUCUUUGGUUACAUUUGUAUGGCUGUCAAAACAGCAACCAAAACUCAGGAAUCCAUUUCUCAGCUAAUGGUGACAUGUGGAACAGUGUGACCUUCAGCUGGCAUCUGUGGCUUUAAUUUCUACUCAGUAAAACUCGAUCUGUUUUAAAGUGUCCAUAUAUGUUUUUGUCUUCAUAACAUCUCCCCGCUUCAGAAAAUAAAAUGAACUAGCUGAAUGAAAAGAUGUCAACAUUUGUUUUCCUCUAACUCUUAAUCCCAAUUUUAUGAAAUACCAAAGUGUUAAUCUCAGUUAUAUCAUUCAUAUUAAUUCUGCAAACCAAUACAACACUGGAAUAAGUCAAAUCUUAUCUACACUUUUUCCUUUAAAUCCGCGAAUACAUAUCUGCUAUCACAUUAUAGGAGACACAGCAUGAACACUUUGUAAGUUUAAAGUUGGUAAGGUAAGACUCCAAUGAAAUAGUCUCAUAUUCUGGUCUUUAAAUAUUCCAAAAAAUGCGAGAGAUUUGUCGUUGUCCACAACCAUCUCCGACAAUUUGUUUGUCAUAUACACAUUAAAAUAUCGUCAGGCCAGUGUGCAACAUAAUAAUUCUUGUUCAAUAAUGGAGAUUUUCUAUUUUUUUUCUCUGUUGGAUAUUGAGUUUUUUCGACAAGUAGCCAAUUAGCCAUUCAAUUCCAUCACCUUUUUCCAUAUCAACACAUCUCUGACCCCUAUAUCCCGAGCAUCAAACACAAUUUUCAAAGGGUUUCAGAAUAUUUGGUGCAGCUAAAACUGGUGUAGUGAUUAAACCUGCUUUAAAAUUCUCAAAUACCUCCUGGCAUUGUUCUGUCCACCACAAUUCUGUGUUCUUCUUCAGUAAAUCCAUCAGUGUUGCCAAGACGCUGCUGAAGUUUUGAACAAACUUCCGAUAGAAUCCACUCAGUUCCAAAAAUCAAAGCACCUCGUUCUUCGAGGAUGAUCGUGGAAAUUCCUCAAAGCCCUUCGUUUUUGUGCUCCAUGGGGUCAACCUUCCAUGUCGAAUAUAAUGUCCCAAGAACAUCACCUCCGCCUUCGCGAAUUCCAUUUUCUUUCUGUUUAUUACCAAGUUUGCUUCUUGUAAUCGUUCAACAUGCUCUGCCAACUGUAACAUGUGAGCUUUUAAUCACUUGCUGAAGAUCACUACAUCAUACAGAUAAGUUGCACAAUUUGUUCAUAUGGCCACCCCUCUAUUCUUGAGUGUUAAAUGUGGCU